CCCUAUACGUGUGUGUACAUAUUCUUGCUACGGUCAAGUGAACCAAAUUGAAUGAGAUGUAGAAUUAGUUAAUGCUUUGACGAAAACCCACGUCUUUUUUGCCUUCUCUAUCUCUUUUUCUCUCUCAUUCACGGAUAAUCAAAUGGUGACAAAACGUGCGCGCUCUGGCGAGUCGAAAUUUUCUGCAUCUCUCUUGUUGCUGGCCUAUAAGCAGCAUUAUCUAAGACUAGAAGUCUUGUGUUAAUGUUAGUUUAGGACACUUUUGAAACUCACUUCUCGUUCCAAAGCAAGAAAUUCAACCUUUCAAUUACUGAUCUACAAGAAAAUUUGAAGAAAACAAAGAAAGCAGUGGCAUAUAUGAAUACAACAAUAUAUGUAGAUAAAUGUAUGUAUAUUCGAAGAAAAAAGUACGGCACACAACCACACUCAGCACGCAUUGAAAACAUCUGAGGAUUUUUGUCAAGUCUACUUCUACCACCUUAUCCUUUCAAAAACAUUAUUCUAUUCGAUUAACGUUUAUUAUUUGUACCUUCUUUGGGAACCCAAAAGGCACAACCAACUUCAACAAAACGCAUACCAACUCUACCUGAAUUCUCAACCUUUCUUGAUCAUACGCAAGUAUUUAUUGUUAAAUAUAGACACAAGAAAAAUAUUAAGAAUAAAAGGCAAUACAGAGAUUGCCUUCUCACAAUAUUGCGUAUUGCGUAUGCAUGCAAAGUGAGGGUAUUUUAUCGUUGGCACACAUGCAUUCUGUGCUGGGAAUUUUGCAUGCUCUCAGGAAGUCAGUUAUUUACAAAGAAGAGAUCAAUAGAGCAUUGCAUAUUCAUAAAUAACAUUCGGUAAAAGAUCUGUAGCAAGGCUGCUGCAUUAUUAUCUACAAGACACCUACAACCUGCUAGCAUCACGUGCCAACGAGUUAUUGCGUUGUAUGCCUUAUUACUCAGUCGAUACCAUCUUCAAUGAAUGGUAUCGAUGAUACGUAAAAAAUAUAAAAUAGUCAUCAAAUAGCAGCAACGCAACAAUUAUCUUCUUCAACCACAAACUCACAGUUACAAAUAAGCAAAAAAAGAAGGUAAUUUAGUACAAAAAUCAAUUCUCUGGCGGCAUUUUAAAGAAGCCUUUCUUCCUCUUUGUCAAGUUCUCAUCACUAGACAGACACAUAAACGCAAGUCGUUGAUAAAUACAUAAACAAAGAUAUAAGGUACCAAGAACCAUUCUGUGAUAUCUAUGUUAACACUUAAAUAAUCGAAAAGACUAAAAAAAUUUUAAGUAUAAGUAUAAAUAAUCUAACUCUGCUCACUGGCUUGUCAGGGCCUGCAGCGUAUUAAAGACAGAAAAUAUAGUUCGACUGAAUCAUUUCCAUCAAACGCAACGAGAAGAAGACAAAGAGACAAAUAAAAUUAAAGCUAAACAAAUCUAUAAGAGAAUUAGCAGGAGAUAGAAGCAUAAGCGUUGAACAAUUAACAAGAAAAUAAGAAGUAAAAGAAGAAUUUGAGCCAUGUCCAGCAAUCCUCAGUGGAAGAAUUUCCAGUCGCCAAUCAUGAACUCUGACCCAGCAAUCCUAGAGUACAAGUCCAUGUCCAUUCCAAGUCCUAAAAUGAUGAGUGGCCAUAAUCAUCAAAGCGCCAACAACUACCGCAAUGGUACAAAUAACUUUGGUGGUGACUUCAUGGACUCGCCGCCUGGGAAAAAUUUGUCUUUCAACAGCAGCUACUCAUCUGGCGCACAAACUUCACCUCGCAAUGGUUCUGCGACAUUUUCCAUUGGCAAUUUUAAUGCAUUUGAAACAAAUUAUUCUGGAGAGCCAGUUAUGACUAAUAAUUCCUCCAGUUAUCAGCCGAAUGAACAAACAAGCAAUCAGGGUCCCAGGGAAACGGGCAUUAUAGAAAAGCUUUUGCACUCGUACGGGUUCAUUCAAUGCUGCGAGAGACAAGCAAGAUUGUUUUUUCACUUUAGCCAAUUUAGUGGCAACAUUGAACACUUGAAAAUCGGAGAUCCUGUGGAAUUCGAAAUGACGUACGAUCGUAGAACAGGCAAGCCCAUCGCUAGUAUCGUUAGCAAAAUUGCUCCCGAAGUGGUUUUGAGUGCGGAACGAGUCAUGGGCACUGUUACGACCGAGCUGCAGUCGAACGGUGAUUCUCAAGGUCGAAUCAGUUACGAGAACAGAGGUGAAUGCUUUUUUCUACCUUAUACCAAAGACGAUGUCGAAGGAAAUGUGACUCUACGCAACGGAGACAGAGUGUCAUUUCAAAUUGCAACAAAUCAGCGCGGCAACUUGGGAGCCUGCCAUAUCAGAUUUGAGAAUCCAGCUCAUCCUGUACAGUAUCGCGGAGUCGUGUGCUCGAUGAAGGAGAGCUUCGGAUUCAUUGAGCGGGCGGACGUUGUGAAGGAGAUUUUCUUCCAUUUUAGCGAAGCCAAAUCUACGAAGGAAGAAUUGAAACUUGGCGACGACGUUGAAUUCAUUAUUCAAACGAGAAAUGUAAAAAGACUUUUGAAAUACUUUUCUUUCGUUCCAGAUCUCAAUAAUAAAUGUAUGAAUUUUCAGGGCAAAGAAGUAGCGUGUAAUAUAACCAAGUUGCCACCAGGUUCUAUUGUUUUUGAAGAAAUUAGCGAUGAAAUUAUCAAGGGACAAGUUUUGAAGCCGCUUGACAAGAGCACACCAGUCAGACAUCAAGCCGAGCCGUUGACAGGACGCAUUCGUCACAGAGCACCCGAUCAUUCCGAGGUUGAAGUUUCGUUUGGUGACAAAGAUCAAAAAGGAGAUUUUACCCUGAAGCACGGAGACUGGGUACAGUUUAGAAUAGCUACGGAUACGAGAGAUCAAUUGAAGCGAGCCACCGAAAUUGAGUUACUGCCCGAAUCAUUUUCCGUGUCCGGUGAACGACGUGAGCAAGGAGUUAUUGUGGCUUUAAAGGACGGUUAUGGUUUUAUUCGUUGCGCCGAGCGCGAACCCAGACUCUUUUUCAAAUUCGGAGAGGUGCUAGAUGUUGAGAGACAAAUAAGCGUUGGCGAUGAAUUUGAAUUCACUGUUAUUCAGGAUCCUUCGUCAUCAUAUGCAAACUCUCGACUCAGUGCUAUUAGAUUAAGGCACUUACCGAAAGGUAGUGUUUCUUUUGAAAGUAUAAUUGAGAUCGAUGUACUGGGAAAGGUAGUCGAAGAAACCAAUGGAACCGAGCGAGGAUUCAUUAGUUAUCAAAAAGAUGACGUGGAAAAAACCAUCAUGUUCUUUUCAAAAGACUGUAUUACAAAAAUUAUUCCAAAACUCAAUGACAAGGUUCAAUUCAGUAUCUGCCAGGUCAAAAGUAACAAAGAGCUUGUCGCUGUAGACAUAUCGCUGCUCAGUCUUACAGGGGAGAAGGUGCAAAACGGCACAAAGAAGACAACAGUGCAAGGAUUCGUUGCUGCACUGAAAGAUGGCUUUGGUUUCAUCGAAACUGUUAAUCACGAUAAAGAGAUAUUUUUCCAUUUUAGCAAUUUCGAGGGAGACGCAAGCACUUUGGAAUUGGGAGCUGACGUUGAAUGCGUGAUCGGCACUGGCAACAACAGUAGUCGCAUCAUCGGUGGCUGCACCGCCGCCGAGACGGUGCGUCUGCUGCCCAAGGGCAGCAUACCGAGGGCCAAAGUUGAGAGCGAGGUGCUCGACGGCACAGUCAUCAGGCCGUUGCGCAGUGCCAAUCCAGAGCAAGUCGAGUACGCCGGCAUGAUCAAAGUCAAUCCCACGAACGAGAACGAAGAGACGCCCGAAUACGAGUUUGGAAUAAUGGGAUUGGCGAACAAGCGCGAACUGUUGCAAUCGGGCGACCCGGUGCAGUUCCAAUUGGACAGCGAGGGCCACGCCUGCAAUAUCGUAGCCGUGAGGAAGAAACGUCGCGCAACCGUCGACGCCGUGAAAGGGCCUUUUGGAUUUUUGGCUUAUGAGGUCGACGAGGGCAAGAAACUUUUCUUCCACAUGAGCGAGGUUUGCGAUAAUGCUAAACUGCAGCCCGGUGACCAAGUCGAAUUCGUGCUUGUCACUAACCAACGUUCUGGCAAAUCCUCCGCUUGCAAUGUGCAGCGACUCAAUGACACAGUGCAGCAACGACCAGAACGAUUGAUCAGCAAGUUACGCACCGUGUCUCUGGAGGAUAACGGGCCAAAAUUAACCGUAGUCAGGCAACCAAAGGGUCCAGAUGGAACUCGCGGUUUUAGUCAAGAAAGAAUUGUACGUAACCCAGGUGCCAUCGACGAAUAAUGUUAACCGAUCUUAUAAUCGAAAGGGGGUCAGAUCCACAGAGAUAAACAAAAAAAACAAUAAUUUCACUACCCGAUUAUGUAUACAUAACUCUUACCCAUAUACUACAUACCUCAUUUGUUUUUUGCACGUGUAGGUAACAAAAAGAUUAUUACGAUUAUUGUAAUUAAUGAACUUCAUUGUUAUUUUUGAUUCAAAUAAUAUGAAAAGUACGCGA